AUGGCGACAUUUGCCCGAUCAACAUUUUCUGCCAAAGCCUACGCAGCUUUUCGGCCUGCUUACCCCCCAUCACUAUUCCGUACCGUACUGAACUAUCACAAGCUACCCGCAUCCAACGGAACAUUACUGGAUCUUGGGUGCGGCCAUGGCCUUAUCGCGCGUUAUCUCAGACCGCAUUUCAAAUCAGUCAUUGCGAUCGACCCGUCAGCAGGGAUGAUAACGCAAGCAAAGCAAACGACGACAGAUCCUACCAUUACGUUUCGCCAGGGUAGUGCCGAGAAUCUAGACUUCUUAUCUGAUGGUUCCGUGGACAUAGCUGUUGCGGGCCAAGCCGCGCAUUGGUUCAACUACGGUAAAGUCUGGCCGAACCUCGCCCGCGUGGUGCGUUCCGGCGGCACAGUCGCCUUCUGGGGGUAUAAGGAUAACGUGCUUAUCGGCGCCGAACCGGCUACCGAAAUUAUGGAGCGGUUCGUUUACGGGUUCGGCGAAGUAGCGCCGGGCGUAGAAGGAAUGGGUCCGUAUUGGGAACAGCCUGGGCGUAAUAUCCUACGGGAUCUCCUACGCAGUGUGCAGCCCCCUGAAACAGACUGGGUAGACGUUACCAGGUUAGAGCACGAGCCCGGUGAGGAGGGGACAGAUGAGACCCGCUGGUUGAGGAAGAAGAUGAAGCUAGGUGAGAUAGAAGGCUAUGUGAAGACGUUUAGCUGCUUUACUGGCUGGAAAGAGGCUCAUCCCGAGGCGAGGAGUAGAGCGGACGGCGGAGAUGGGGAUAUACUUGAUAUCAUGUGGGAUCACAUGGUCGAUGUGGUACCGGAAUGGAAGGCCAUGGGAGAGCGGUGGCGGGAGGCCGAAGUUGAGAAUGAUUGGGGUACUUAUAUAUUAAUGGCUCGGCGCCGGUGA